AUGUCCGAAGCGAACUCGAAGGCCUUCCCGCUCGCCAACGCGCAGCUCACCAACCAGAUCCUCGACCUGAUUCAGCAGGCUUCCCACUACAAGCAGCUGAAGAAGGGUGCGAACGAGGCGACCAAGACUCUUAACCGCGGUAUCGCCGAGUUCAUCGUCAUGACGGCCGACGUCGAGCCCAUCGAGAUUGUGCUCCACCUCCCCCUUCUCUGCGAGGACAAGAACGUUCCCUACGUCUUCCUUCCCUCAAAGACUGCACUUGGCCGCGCGUGUGGCGUCUCGCGUCCCGUCAUCGCCGCUUCCGUCACUACCAACGAGGCGCGCGAGCUCACUAGCCAGAUCCAGGCCGUCAAGAACGAGAUCGAGAAGCUGCUCAUCUAG